CAAUAGUUAGGAGUGGUACUUCUUAUUGCUCUUCUGUGUACUUCUACUCCCUCUAUUCUGCCUUUAUUCUCCCCCUAACCCUCCCAUCCACCACUACCACCGGUACUUCCCACUGCUCUUCCGUCUAUUUCCACUCUCCCCCCCCAUACCCCCCCAACCUACCUAAUCCAUCCCCCCCAUCCCCCCCAUCCAUUCCCCUCCUAAGCGACCCCAAGGCAGCGAAACUCCAGCCAAAAACCAGCCAACCACCACCCAGUACACGCCGCCACCGUAGAAAACCGGGGUGUUGCUCAAGUCGCUCCUUCCCUAUUGUCGUCCCACUCAAAAGGAACGAAAGGACGAGACGAGACUUCCACGCCGACUGAGACCGAUCUUCGCUUCUUCUUCAAUCCUUCAUCUACAGUUACGUUAUAUACAACACACACCACUACGGUUACGACGACGAAUAAUUACAGCUGCGACAGCGGAGAAAAAAGAAGAAGGAGACGAGGGAAGAAGGAAUAUCGAACGAACGAACUUACCACACGACCACUACUCCUACUCCACCAACAUCUCCGCCUCCAAUCUACAGGAUAUACAACACACCACCACGGCUGCGACGACGAUAAUCUACAGCGACGACAGCGAAGAAGGAGCAAAAGGGAAGAAGGAAGGAAGGAAUAUCAAACCAAUACCACACGACCACGAUCCACUCACUACUCCAACUCCGCCCACCUCCAUCGCAUCUCCAACCUAGACUCUCCGACUCCCCCCAUACGGUCCAUUCAUACCUUCACCACAACAACCUCACUCCCCUCACCCCCCCCAGCGCAUGAGCGCGCACAUCAAUAACCUCACCCUAACCAGCCCCAUGGCAUCCAUCGACCACGUCCACAACCUCGCCGCCGCGCGCGCCCCAUCCAUGGCUGCCGCCACGCCACCACAGGGCAGCAAUGCUGCGCCGAAUAAUCAGACGCCCGGACAUCCGAGUUUUAGGAGACAGCGAGCGUCGAGAGCGUGCGAGACAUGUCAUGCGAGAAAAGUCCGCUGCGAUGCAGCAAGCCUGGGCGUGCCGUGCACAAACUGCGUCGCCUUCUCCAUCGAAUGCAAGAUCCCGACGCCGAAGCGAAAGAAGACGCAAGCUGCUGCUGCGGGCAGCACGCGCAUGAAGGACUCGGAUAGUGACCGCGGUGACACAGCGGAGGCCCCUUCACCAGGAACCGAAUCCAUAGCCAGCAUCGGAUACGCUGCGCCGCCACCACACUCCUCUGGGAACUUCGUCGCCCCCAGCGGCACGCCAACCACCCAAGUCAGCGAGUCGCAGGCGCGGCAGGCUGAGCAGGAUGAGGGCAUCUACCUUCACUUCAUGAAGCCCAAGUUCUCACGCGCACCCAUCAAGGAAGCCGGCCGCGUCGCCUACCUCGGCGAGUCCUCCAACCUAACCCUGCUCGUGCACGACCGCCACGGCAGCGCCGACGUCGUCCACUACCCCCUCCCCGACAACGUGCGCGGCGCACGCUCGCGCCUCACAGACCUCGACGACGUCGAGAUCGACAUCCUCCACCAGCGUGGCGCCUUCCUGCUCCCACCGCGCUCCCUCUGCGACGAGCUCGUCGAGUCCUACUUCAAGUGGGUCGCGCCCAUCGUCCCGGUCAUCAACCGCACGCGCUUCAUGCGGCAAUACCAGGACCCAAAGAACCCCCCCUCGCUCCUCCUGCUACAAUCCAUGCUCCUCGCCGGAUCGCGCGUAUGCGUCAACCCUCAACUCAUGGAUUCCCAAGGCUCCACCACCCCAGCCGCCAUGACGUUCUACAAGCGCGCCAAGGCGCUGUACGACGCCAACUACGAGGACGACCGCGUGACCAUCGUGCAGGCCCUCGUGCUGAUGGGGUGGUACUGGGAGGGACCCGAGGACGUCACCCGCAACGUCUUCUACUGGAGUCGUGUCGCCACCAUCGUCGCGCAGGGCUCGGGUAUGCACCGCAGUGUCGACCAGUCCCAGCUCAGUGCUACGGAUAAGAAGCUGUGGAAGCGCAUCUGGUGGACGCUAUUCACGCGUGAUCGCUCAGUAGCCGUCGCCCUGGGCCGGCCCGUGCAUAUCAACACCGAUGACUCGGACGUCGAUAUGCUCUGCGAGGAGGACUUCAUCGAGGAGGAAGACGAUAACCCGAACCAGCAGUACCCGCCCGACCAGACGCACGUGCAGUUCUUCCUCCAGUACGUCAAGCUCUGCGAGAUCAUGGGACUAGUCCUCUCCCAACAAUACAGCGUCGCCUCCAAAGCGCGUCGGCAGAACGCAAUCGACCUCACCCACUCCGACAUGGCGCUCGCGGACUGGCUGCAAAACUGCCCCAAAGACGUGUACUGGGAGCCUACACGGCAUCAAUUCUGGUCCGCCUUGCUGCACUCGAAUUACUACACCACUCUCUGCCUCCUGCACCGCGCACACAUGCCCCCUGCCUCCUCUACGCGAGGCGGAUUUCCAGAAGACUCCGCCUAUCCGAGCCGCAACAUUGCCUUCCAGGCUGCGGGCAUGAUAACCUCCAUCAUCGCCAACCUGCGCGCGCACAACGAACUCCAGUUCGCACCGGCGUUCAUGGUGUACUCCCUCUUCUCGGCGCUGAUCAUGCACGUAUACCAGAACCGGUCGUCGGUGCCGGCGGUGCAGCAGCAGACGCAGGAGAGGAUACGGAUUUGUAUGGAUGGACUCAAGGAUGUGUCGAGGGUGUGGGUCGUGGCGAAGAUGGUCUAUACGCUUUUUGAAUCGAUUCUGGGGAACAAGGUACUCGAAGAGCGACUCCAGAAAGCCGCUGGGAAACGGCAUAAGAAAACCCAGCAGACCUGGGGAAAAUUACAUACUACCGCCCAGCAGCAACAGCAACAGCAACAACAACAAGACCAACGACCACAAGAAGACACAAAAAGGAAAUACGACGACAUGGCCCUCGACUUCGCCCCCCCCAACGGCCUCGCCCCGCAAGAAUCAUACGAGCGCUCCCGCCCCCAAACACCAGCGCGCGAAAACGCCCCGAUGGGCGCACCACCCCUCAUCCUCUCCCCGCGCCAACAAGCAGCUGCACAACUCCAACAGCAACAGCAGGGACAGGCACAAGAUACAUUCAUGGGCGGGACGUCAUCGCGUCCUCACACGAGGCCCCCUACGCCUUUUAACCCCUCUUUCUCGGUGCCUGCUACGCCGCCGGAUUUGUAUCUCGUGACGAGGAAUAGCCCGUCUAUUAGCCAGGCGCUGUGGGAGAACUUCCAACCCGACCAACUCUUCCCCGAAGGCAGCGGCGUGGUCGGAAUGCAAAACUCCCCUCCUCCGCCCGCUGGUGCUCAAUGGGGGAGUCCCUCUGCACCUGGUAUGGGCGCGGGGAGGAUGGGGAGUAUGGGCAGCCAGGGGGGCCAAGGGCAGCAGGGGGUGGAUGUGGGAAUGGGAGGGUUGUAUCCGCCUGGUGCUGGGGGGGCGCAGUGGGGAGGGAUGGGGCAGGGGUUUGAGGGGGCACAGCAGGGACAGAGUCCGAGUGAGAGCUGGAGUAGUGCUACUGCUGUGCCGGCUACGUUGAAUGUUGAGGAUUGGUUCCAAUUCUUCGGCAUCAACGGCGAUCUGAGCGGCAUGAACGCAGCGGAUUUGUUGAGUGCUGGUACGUCGAGUGUUAGCUGAUCACCCUUAUAUCCAUCUUAUCCCUUUUAUCACUCAACGAUUAGGGGUAAUUCUGUCCUGGGAAAUGAAUGAUGGAAGACUUUCACGCCGCGGGCGUAGGAUGGUGGUGUGUGGUGGGGUGUACAGAGGGGUGUACAGGACACAGGGGCUAAUUUUUAUCAUAUUUUGGCGUUUGAAUUUUUUUUUGGAACUACGAACGGAAAGGCGGGUUAUAGUAGCUGGAUGGCUGGAAUGGAUGGAUGGAUGGAUGGGUAUUAUGUUCAUGAUGGAUAGGGGGAGGGGUGUGUAAAAUGGCUGGUGGCUGGUGGGGUGUAUGUAUGCCAACGAACUCGGAGGUGGUGGUGGUUAUCUAAUCCCAAGACAAAGGUCCUACCUACCAAGCCCGUCGCGUGGUGAUGAUGAGUGUGUGGGCUGAUGAGUGCAUCAUAUCAUUUGAUAUACUUAUAUGAAAACCUUUUAGCGGGAG